AAGUGAUGACGCUGCCGAACAUGGCGGAAGUCGCGCAAGCUUUGGCUCAUGUGCCCUUGUACACUAAGAAGUUAGAAGACAUGAGGAAGGACAUGGACUCGAUCACUAACCGCGUGAAGGGGAUGAGGAAGCGAGCGGCGAAGCUCUACACCAAGAAGCAACAAGAAGACAACUCGGCAGCGCAGAGGAGACAAGCGGAGCUUCUCCAGGAGAAGAAAUCCAACGCGGCAGCAUCUGAGGGUCUGUAGGCUGAGAGCAGAGGAGCCUUGAAAUUUAUUGAUCAAAGAAUCUCAUUA